UCGCCCACCAGACACCACAGUUGCGGACGACCACCAUGGACUGCGGAGAGAGCGAGUACCUGGAUGCUCGUGGGAGCUGCCGCCCUUGCCAGGAAUGUGGCCCUGGACUGGAGCUGUCCAAGGAGUGUGGCUAUGGCGAAGGGGGCAGCGCACAGUGUGCGCCUUGCCACCCCAGGCGAUUCAAGGAGGCGUGGGGCCCCCACGGCUGCAGGCCCUGCCUCUCCUGCAGCCUCAUCAACCGGGUGCCGAAAUCCAACUGCAGCGCCACCUCGGACGCGACCUGCGGGGAGUGCCUCCCUGGUUUCUACAGUAAAACCCAGAUUGGAGGGUUCCAGGAUCUGGAAUGCAUUCCGUGCACGAAGCAAACCCCGUCCUCUGAGCUGCAGUGCCACUCUGGCGCUCGCCUGGUGAGGAUGGAAAGCCCCCCGGCCGCGGGACAAGACCUGGCACUUGUGGUGCUGACCAGCAGCGCCCUGGUCAUCCUCGUGCUCGUGCUCCUGACUGUCUCCUUCCUGUACUGCCAGCGGUUCUGGAAGAGCCAGUGCCAGCGGGUGUUCCUGAGGAGUCAGACUCUCCCUGGGCAGAGAGUGGUGUUCCAGGCAUCUGCUGUCUCGGCUGACUUCCCUUCCCAGGAGCCCCUGUCGGACCCCUGCUGCUUAGACAUCCGGAGUUCAAGCCCCAGCUGCAGGCCACUGGAAGGUCCUGCAGAAGCUGUCCCGUUCAUCGCAGAAACUGAUGUUCCCGGGCUCCGUCUCCCCAUUCCCCAGCCGGAUCUGGGCUUGUCCGGCCUGAUCAAAAUCAGCCCCAAGGCUGCCCUGGCCAGGGGCCGUCUGGAGACCCGUCCCCUGAUCAGGAACUCAGGCUGCAGCGACUGCUCCUCCGGAAGCAGCUUCUUCCCAGAGUGCAGGCAGGACCCUGGCGGGGACCUCGACCACCCAGCUCCGCUCUCCUCGUGUGCCACGGAGUCACAGCACCACUGGCCGCAUGCCCCCGUGGAAUGCACGGAGCUGGACCUGCAGACGUUCUCCGCCCGGGCCGAGCUUCAGGCCACCAGCCGCAGAGAGGAUCCCGGGAACGGGGCGGAGCAGGCGGGCUUCACCGGCAGGCAGCAGCCGGCAGCCGGCACCCUCGCCAGACUCGUGGCUGACUCUGGCCAGGAGCCCUUUCCAUCUUUCAGAACUCCUGCCGAAAGCGGGGAGCUUCUGGGUCAUGGUGGGAAGAGUCUCCUGACUGAAAUCACACAAGGUUAAACAAGAGCCGCUUAUUUGCAGAGGCCGAAGAAGAAACCCAGGAAUAUUUCAAACAUCAUUCCUCUGUUUGAGAGCUGCUUCAUACAGUUCACUUCCUGGAUCGUCUUGGUUUUGCCUUGGAGAGAGCGUGAAGAUGGCAAAUGCACCACCUCUCUCUUUUCUCAGAAUCUGGCAGCAAGGCCUGGUGGCCCUGACAGAGUCAGGCCUUAGGUCCCAAGCAGUUGGCGCCCACAGGUCUCCAUUCCUUUCCUUAUUUGAGCAACUGACCAUCUGCUUCAAAAGAAUCGAUCUUCACGGGUCGUCCUGAUGUGCCUGAAGAAAUUUCUGUUCCGUCAAGCAAAACCUUGAAGAUAAGUCCAUUUCUUUAUGGAUACUUUAGGUUGCUGUGAUGUGUUUCCAGCGUGCGAUCCCUUAAGGGAAUUUUACCGCUGCCAGGUAUCGGGUUGGUUUUUUUAACCCCUGUCUUUUAUAGCAAUCUUGUACAGGUGUGACAUACUCUUUGAAUGCCUUUAUUGUUUGGAGCCUUGAGUUAUUCAGCAGAAAGAGGGUACUGGACCAGUCUGUGAUCCGGAUGGGCUCCGGCUGUACUUUGUUUCUCCUUGGAGUGGCAUUUUUGGAGAAAAGCUCUAUGGACCACGCUACUUAAGACAAUGGGAGGAUGGGUAAUUGUCAGACUGGGAGUACAGAAAAGGUUCCCAAUGUAAUGGGUUUUUUUUUUUCCUUUUCUUUUGCUUCACAAUUCAGGUUUUCACACUUUUCAUUUCACUUUCCUCACAAGUGAUGCCUCAAGGCAGGGUUCCUUGGCUGUAAUGGUGACUAAGUAACACUAAUUCUUAACUUCCUGGUUUCCUGACAAACUUUCAGGAGCUCUGACCUAGCAGAGGGCUUGGGUCAGUCACGGAGAAAGCCCCAUGCCCCAUGUCAGCGGAGCUGCAUUCCCCAAAUGCCUCACCACAACUGCAGAGAGAAAGGCGGGUCACGUACCACCUCAGGGAAGAGGGGUUUGCUUGAGCCAGUAGUUGAAGGCAGAUACUUCCUCGCCUCUGCGUGACAGAGUUUCCUCCUAUGACCUGUUUGGGGUGACUUUGCUCUGGUCAUCUUAGCAAAUAGCUCUGUGGACCAGUACUCUUGUUUCCAGCUCCUGAACAUGGUUCUGUCCUAGAAUAAUUUCAGCUCUGGUAAUGUACAGGAAAGUAGUAAAGGAGACCGCAAACCAGGAGAUGGUCAGUGAUGUUGAAUGAGGCCAUGGCUUGGUGCAGAAAUGCUAUUUUUAUUCUUUAUUUAUCAUGGGCAUCGUAACGUGCCGGUUCGCUGACCCAAGGGUGCCGCUGGGGACAGGGUGCAGCUAGCCUGACACUCUCCUGCUGCUCAUGUCAAAGCAGUGACUUCAUUUUCUGGUUUCCAAGGAUGGAAACCCUUGGGAAAAUCAUCCCUUUCCAGGGAGAAUCUGUUCAAGCCUGCCGCCGGAAGCACGAGGGUUUCGCCGCAAUCGUUUCCAAGGCUUCUCGGCCAGAUGCCCAGUUCUGUGUGUCUCAGCAGGAAGGAUUAGGCCUAGCUUUGAAGUGCCAGUUUGAACAAGUGAAUUCUGGGAGCAAAUGUGUUGAAAUACGAAUGGAAUCCCAGAGCGAGUGAUGUGAACAAUGUUAAUGCAAGUCAUUAAACUUGGCUUCUUUACAAGGGGCAGAAAAU